UUCUCAUCCUCGAACAGCUUGUUAGCAUAUACUGUGCUGUGGCAUUUCUUACAGGAUUAUUUUAACAGAGAUGUCACAGAAAGUUACAGACGGCAAAAGAUUGUUUAUGAAGGAAAAACAAUUGUGAAGGGAUCCCCCACCUGUAAAUAAUAGACACCCACGAUCAUCUCUCCCUCUGGGAAUCGCAGUUAGGGCUCCCAGCCACGGCUCUUAGUAGCCAAGGAUAUUAGCAUUAACUGCUCACCGAGAGUGAAGAGGGUUUCACUGAGAGCUCAGCUAAUCCUGCUGUCAUUUGCUGUUUAGGCAGCAUUGUAAGUACACCGAGACCCGAAGAGCGAAAAAAAGAGAUCUAUCUAUGGUUGGAAUUCAGCUUUUUCUUCGCCAAUGCAAAAGGAAAUAUGCAGCGCAGUUUUACUCUCUUCUACACCAGCUUUCUGGGGGUGUGUUUAGGUUCAAGUUUUCCAAGUAAUAUCAAUAUAGGGGGAUUGUUUCCCACAAAUUCACACGAAUAUGAAGUGUUUCGAUUUGCACUAUCGCAUCAUCAAGACAUCCCCAAACUGGUACCCCAGGUGGAUAUGGUGCAUAUUGGGAAUAGCUUUGCAAUGACAUACGCUUUUUGUUCACAGUUUUCUAAAGGAGUCUAUGCCAUCAUUGGUUUGUAUGACAAAAAGACUGUAAACAUGCUGAUGUCUUUUUGUGGGGCUCUCCAUGUUUGCUUUGUGACCCCGAGUUUUCCCAUUGAAACCUCGAACCAGUUCGUCAUACAGCUGCGGCCGGAGUUACAGGAUGCUCUUGUCAGCGUAAUCGACCACUACAAAUGGACGAAAUUUGUAUACAUAUACAGCUCAGAUUCAGGACUGACAGUGCUGCAGAAAGUUCUAGACACUGCGCCUGAAAAGAACUGGUUUGUUACCUCAGUGAACUUGGAAACUAUGACAGAAGCUGCCUUUUUGAAAGUCUUUCAGGAUCUGGACAAGAAAAAAGAGGGGCAGAUUGUUAUUGACUGUGAGACAGACAAGCUGAAUUCCAUACUGAAACUGAUUGCCAGCCAUGGAAAGAAUGUGAAAAGUUAUCAUUACAUACUAGCCAACCUGGGAUUUCUGGAUAUUGAUCUGACUGAAUUCAGAAAUGGAGGAGCCAAUGUGACUGGCUUUCAGCUGGUGAACUACACAGACCAAAAUGUCAGCAGAAUCGUUCAGCAAUGGAUGGAUUUUGAUAGCAAAGAUACAAAGAGUCCCAAGAAAAGGCUGAAGUACACAGGAGCUCUUACCUAUGAUGGUGUGAGUGUCAUGUCAGCUGCCUUUCAAAACCUGCGGAAGCAGCGGAUUGAUAUUUCUCGGAGAGGGAACGCUGGCGACUGUCUAGCCAAUCCCCCGGCUCCAUGGGGACAAGGGAUUGACAUCCAGCGAGCACUGCAACAGGUUAGACUAGAGGGCAUGACUGGACACGUUCAGUUCAAUGAGAAAGGACGUCGCACUAAUUAUACCGUUGGUGUAAUGGAACUAGGACCAAAUCGACCCAAGAAAGUUGGUUACUGGAAUGAAGAUGAAGGUUAUGUGAGCACUGCUUCAUAUUCCCACGCGGGAAAUGAUACUACAGGAUUGCAAAACAGGACUUAUAUAGUGACUACAAUUCUGGAAUCUCCAUAUGUGAUGCUGAAGAAAAACCAUGACCAGUUAACAGGCAAUGAGAAGUAUGAAGGCUACUGUGUUGAGCUGGCAGCUGAAAUUGCUAAACAUGUGGGGUACAGGUACAAACUGGAGAUUGUAUCAGAUGGAAAAUAUGGAGCAAGAGACCCGGAAACAAAAAUGUGGAAUGGAAUGGUGGGAGAGUUAGUCUAUGGUAAAGCAGAUGUGGCUGUGGCGCCCCUGACGAUUACAUUAGUCAGGGAAGAGGUCAUCGACUUCUCCAAGCCUUUCAUGAGCCUGGGCAUUUCAAUCAUGAUCAAGAAGCCUCAGAAAUCCAAGCCUGGAGUAUUUUCGUUCCUGGAUCCCUUGGCCUACGAGAUCUGGAUGUGUAUCGUGUUCGCCUACAUUGGUGUCAGCGUUGUGCUCUUCCUGGUGAGCCGGUUUAGCCCAUAUGAGUGGCAUGCAGAGGACUUUGAAGACGGACAGGACCCGCCCCAACAACAACAGCAACAGCACCAACAACAGCAGCAGCAGAAUCAGGAGCAAACCAACGAGUUUGGGAUUUUUAACAGUCUCUGGUUCUCCCUGGGGGCCUUUAUGCAGCAAGGAUGCGAUAUUUCUCCAAGAUCUCUCUCGGGCCGCAUUGUUGGAGGUGUGUGGUGGUUCUUCACCUUGAUCAUAAUCUCGUCCUACACCGCGAACCUGGCUGCCUUUCUGACUGUGGAGAGGAUGGUCUCCCCCAUUGAGAGUGCGGAAGAUCUGGCCAAGCAGACGGAGAUCGCUUAUGGAACUCUGGACGCUGGAUCAACAAAGGAGUUCUUCCGGAGAUCCAAAAUAGCCGUUUUUGAAAAGAUGUGGUCAUACAUGAAAUCAGCUGAUCCGUCGGUUUUUGUGAAGACAACUGAUGAGGGUGUCUUCAGAGUACGGAAAUCGAAAGGGAAAUAUGCCUACCUGUUAGAAUCGACCAUGAACGAGUACAUCGAGCAGCGGAGACCCUGUGACACCAUGAAGGUGGGAGGAAACCUGGAUUCAAAAGGAUAUGGAAUUGCAACACCGAAGGGAUCCCCUUUAAGAAUCCCUGUAAACCUAGCGGUAUUGAAACUCAGUGAGCAAGCCGUCUUAGACAAGCUGAAAAACAAAUGGUGGUACGAUAAAGGGGAAUGUGGAAGCAAGGACUCCGGAAGAAAGGACAAGACAAGUGCACUGAGCCUUAGUAAUGUGGCUGGGGUCUUCUACAUCCUGAUUGGCGGGCUUGGAUUGGCCAUGCUCGUCGCCUUGGUUGAAUUCUGUUACAAGUCGAGAACUGAGUCAAGACGAAUGAAGCAAUCCAUUAAUGACGCCAUGAGGACUUCCACAUUAACCAGAAUGAGUGGCAAUGGGAGUGGAGGAGAGAAUGGAAGAAUAGUGACCCAUGACUUCCCUAAAUCCAUGCAGACUCUGCCCUGCAUGAGCCAUGCUGCUGGCUUGGGACUGAGUGCCACUGGGAUGUGAUGGAAUCAGCCACGCCCAUGGGAAUUCACUUUCUGGAAAACAUACUGCCAAAAGGACAAUGAACUAACUACUAAAAUUUGAAAAAAAAAAAUACUUUUCUUAAAGAAAUUCUUUAAAAAAAUGAUCAUGAGCUGCAAUAAAGGAGACAACGGGACUCUGUAAAAGUGUAGAUUUAUGUAAGGAAAAGGAUCCCAUAUGACAGUGACACUUGCGCUGUGCCAGUUAUAUUGACUCAUUUACUUCAAGUCUUGGUGUGCAAUAUUUUGGUUAUCGGUGUUCGGCAAUGUCGUCUGCCUUAUGAAAUAGUUUUUUGUUAAGAUUAUGAAAAUCCCACGCACACAAAACUGUUCGACCCUCUCCCCUGCCCCAAACAAAAUCCACCACCCUCCGCAUUCCUUGUUGCUCUUGUCAAUGUGAUCUUCCUUCAAACCAUCAAGCAAGUAAUUUCCUUUACUUUAUUUUUGUAUGUGAAAACAAACAGAGGGACUGUGUUGGAUGGCAGCAGUGCACUGUACUGCAAUAUGUCACUGAAAACUCAGAAUGAUUGGUAGCCUGAAAAAGAAGAAGGGAAUUUACAUUUUCCUGGUAAAAAAACUAACCUUUUCACAAAUUGGUAUCAGAUUAACUCACUCCACAAUUUAACACAUGUUCAAUUAAAGUUUUUAAAGGACACAAUAGCCAGUGAGAUUAAUUAUCCCACAGAAUUAAGUUUAAAUGUUUAUGCUGUCUUUGUUGCACAAUUAUGGACAUUUUAUGAAAGAUGCAUUAAAUCAGUAUUUUGUAUAAUUCUACAACAUUGCCAUGUCUCUUGCUACAGAAGCAAAGAACAUAAAUAGUGCCUAAGAAACAGCACUCAGUGUUAUUGAACACACCUGAGACAGAUCGUAAAGCCUUUACUUGCCUCAUGAACAGAAUUAGACAAAUAUAUCCCAGCUGUUUUCUAAUUAGCUCUGUGACACUUCUUAGACUUUGCAUGGGUCAGAAAAGGAAUGAGAUUACUAAGAUUAGGUUUACUAUAUCCUACUACAAGUGAAACAGACCUGUUUUCCUGAGUCUUAAGCUCCUCUCAAGUUCUGUGUGUAUAAAAACAGUAUAAGUUUGGAAAACAAAACACAAGAAGACUCUCUAGGUCAAAUGUUUGCAGGAAAACUGUGGCAUAAGGAAGAUCAUUUUCAAUUUUUUUGACUGAGAGGUAAGUAACUCUUUUUUUUCUAUCUGUUGAUAUAACAUUAGAGGGCUGCAUUCAAUAUUUUCUUAAACUGAUAUUUUUCAGCUAGUCACUAUUUGUGGCAUUUGUACUUUAUGCUUUGUGUGAAAAUCAGCACAAAACAGGCUGUAGACCUACAGUAGAUGAACUGCUUUUGUGUUAAAGGCCUUGCAAGAUAAAGGAGGUGUCAGAAAAAGUGGUCAGAUUAGCAAACACAAGAUAGUAUCUAGACAGAAAAUAUUAUGCACAGCUACAAUUUCUAGUACUAUAAUUAUUUUACAGUAUAAAAUGAUCAGUAGUUGUAUGUUAUUCCAAAUGUUCUCUGCUUCUGCAUUAAGCAAAAACAGUGUGGUCAAUGGAGUGCAAAGUAUUUGAUGGAGGGCUAGGAAAUAUUUGGUUGCAUAGUGACAGAUAUAUUGUUCAUAAUAAGUAGUGGUGUUCUCAUGAACAACUGGUUAUAAACAGUCUGCAUCGUUCUUCCAACUGAACAACUGGAACUCUUGACAUCAGCAUUAUACUGGACACAGAUUUGCUUUUGUUUUCACUUCUGCCUGAAGUUAACUAUUCAUCCAGUCACCUUUUUUUCUACUAUUACUAUUAGUUGUAAUGGAAAAUAAAACAUGCUACAUUUAUAUGAUGCAGUCAGGGUUAUUGGGAAGAUGUGAUGGAUGGAAAACCAAAUAAAAAGAUUUUGCUGCAAUAACUUGAUAAUCAGUGGAAUUAUUCAAGGAAGUGACGUCCGUUUGACAACAACAAGUCUACAUUUGGGUUGUAAAGUGCAUGAGCAACAAAGACUUAAGGAAGAGUUUGUAUAUUUGCCAAUUAAUAGCUGAUUAUUGAAAGAAUCAGCAGUAUGCACGAAACAAAUAUUUUCAAACUUUUUUGGUUUAUAUCUUUCCAGCACUGACAAUGUGCAGUCAGAUAUGACAUUUUGAAUCUAGUUUUCUAGUUGAGAUGCCUUUAUGCCAGCCUUGCAUUUGCUUCUAUUUGAAGGUUAUUUCUUACAGAGCGACAGCGUUUGUGGAAAGAAUAAUAUAAAUAUAGCGUUUUAAAUCAAGAUUUGUUCUUCAGUUAACUAUUUAAAGGGUCAUUUGUCAAUAAUUUCAGAAAUUGUAAUGAGUAUGAAAACAAAGAUCUUUACCGUGCAUAGCUGUAUGUGUUCAUCAGGCUUUCCUAAGCAAAUACCAUAUUUACAACAUUUGUCAUGUUUUUGUAUAUACAUUUUCUUCUACAAUUUCUAACAAGAAUGAGUUUUUUUUUAAUGGAUUGAACCAUUAUUAAAAUCGAAAACAAUGAUGAAAUAUGUCGAUAAGAAUACUUUGCAAUAAAAGAGUGUUUUAUCAAUGUUACGGUACCAGCUCCAACAUUCCUGUUGUCAGGAUUGUAUUAAAUACACAAGUGCUAAAUGCUGUCGAUAGAUAAAAGUUGCAGGAGGGAUUAAUAAUAGGAUCCCUGACCUGUUACAAGGCUUAAUGUCUGAAUGAUUCUAUUACACAUUGGACAAAGUGAAUUAUAAAUUAUAAUAGCCAACAAGGUCAUAGGAGAUGGCAAGAUUGUGUACAGGUUAUCAUUGUUGCCUUGCAGUGCUGAGUUUGAGUUCUGGUCUUGGUGUGCUGUCAGUGUGGAGUUUGUAUGGAGUGUUUAUGUGGGUUUCCUUCCACAGUCUAAAGACCUACAGGUAGGUUAGUUGCCGUUUGGGGAAUAUUGGCCCUAGACGUGAGUGUGAGUCUGUGUCUGUGUGUGCCCUGUGAUGUACGUGUUUCCUGUCCAGGACGUACCACAGCCACAGCCAAGUUGAGAGGCCGCAAAAUGUGAAGAAAAGUAAAAAUCAGUCAUUUAGUGAGUCUGUAGAUCCCAUAGCUAGUUCAGUUUUUAUUAAAGCUUAAUUCAGAAUGCUAAAUGACUUCUUUGGCGGAUUUAUCGUCAAUGCAAUCCCUAAGGAUAAUUCAUUGUGGAACAUUGAUGAAUAGGGUAUUCAUGGAUAUUCAUUUACAGACAACAAAUAAUAAACCAAGUUUGUGUGCAUUGGGCUAAUCUUUCAUUUCUACUUUAAUGUUUAUAGAAGUACGUGGCUCAGGAAGUUGUGCCCUAUAUGUCUACUUUAGGUCUACCUGCAAUCAGACUGUUUGCCUUCAUUGUGCUCAAGGAGGUUUUGUUUUAAUUCACCACUUCUUUGCCUUUAUACUGUAGAUUGACUAUAAAGUCAGCAAAUUCUUGUACAACAUAGAGGUCAAAGUAAAGAUCUACUUCCUCUCGGGGGGGGGGGGGGAUGCUUGAUGCAUUGCAGCAUCACAAAGAGUGAGGCCUGCCUGCAGAUUGGCAGGCAUUGAGUCAUCGAAGCAUCCUCAGUGCAGACUACCUCUAAUUAGUCUAAACCAUGGCAACUGUUGCUAAGCAACUCCUUUUUUUCCCCAUCUGAUGAAAAUAAGAAUCCCAUCAAAUGCAAAGACAUUAGCAUUUCAAAAAACAAGCUUAUAGACCAUUUUGACAGCAGAGUAUUAUUUCUUUUUUGAGAGCUGCUUUGUUGGGUUAAAAGGAUAUAAUACUGGCGUGAUUUUAGAAACCAAUUUAAACUUGGGUCUUUAUGUCUUCUUUAAGGCAAUAUUUACAUUGAUACUUUCACAGCUUCUUUAAUAAAUGUGUAGGAGAGUUUGAGUUCUACAAAUCUAAUUUUGAAUUUUUUGUUCCAUUGUAAAAAAUGUAAUCCUAUGUGUAAUUCUUCUGUACAUUUGAAGGAAAAAAACUGUAUUAAAUUAGUACGAUAAAGUGGACACAAAGAGUUGGUUGGAGGAAAUUACAAAACAUUUACGUUUACAAAAUGGAACUUUUCCUGGGAUUUGCAAUGUAUGAAUAUCAUGAACAUGGUUUUGCCCUGCUUUUGCCGUUUGGUCUGUUUUACAGUAUUUAGAAAGCUGCAUUUAAAAAAAAAAGCUAAUUUUAAGGCAAUCCGGUGAGAGACAUUUCAUGCAGUGCACUGUGAAAAUGUUAUCCAUCCAACAUAAUCGCAUGUUAUUGGGACAAAGCUGUGGAUAAUGAAGGUCUUUUCCUUCUCAUGAAUAAUGUGGCAUAGCUUAAAAGGGAUAGCCCUUCAAGAAGGAAAUGCAUUAUUCAACUUGAAAUACAAAUAACUUUUUUAUAUAAAUAGAUUUGUAAAAAAUAUAUACAUUAACAUUUUUAAUGUAUGCUGAUGUUCACGUUUCUGUUUGACAAAUCAAGACAUGAAUGCAAUGAGUGCUAUAUAAAUAGAUUGUGUGCCCAUUGCUUAAACCAGUUAGUUGGAAUUGAGUUUGAUCUCUUGCUGAUUUUUGUGGCAUUUAAGGGAACCUGUUGAAUACGGUUCUUUUUUGUUCAUUUCUACACUGUAAUUUGUUUUCUUAAAAAAAAUUUUAACUUCAAGAAUAUGGUCAUCUAAAGUGUUCACCUUCGCUUCACCAUAGUGUCAAGUAUUAUAGACCAUGACAGUAAGGUGUGACCUGAGGUUAUGUCUGGUGAGGGAAAAGAAAAAAAAAAACAAUGUUCAUAAAUAAAUUAAACUUUUUCUAACCAAUGG